CAUCGCUACCCAUCGCUGUAGCGUUAUCAAAUCCCCUCUUCACUCAAUCUAUCUAUAAAUACAUUAUAUAAUAGAAUCUAUUUCCUUUUAAGACCUAGAUUGUUUAUAAUAUAAUACAAGAUUUAAUAUGGCUGAUUCUUCUGCUGCUUACAUUCAUAUGGUGCAACACUUGAUUGAUAAGUGCUUGAUCUUUCACAUGAAUAAAGAAGAGUGCAUCGAAGCUCUCUCCAAACACGCUAAUAUCAGUCCCAUAAUCACUUCCACUGUGUGGAAGGAAUUGGAGAAAGAAAAUAGAGAGUUCUUUGAAGCUUAUUCAGAGUCUAUGGGAAGAAAUGAUAGAAUAUUGGCUGAAGAAGAGACAAGGCAGUUGAUCCAAAGGAUGAUGUCUAAACAUAGUGAUGACUAGCUAAAUAUUUGAUCUAUGCACAUGCAUGCAUCCAAGUACCUACUGAUUAUGACUUUUUUAUUUACUUUUUUUGUUAAUUUUUUUUAUGUAGACACAUGUUAAAAAUUGAAUAUAUAUAUAUAUACACAUACAAAUAUUAGCAUAAGACCAUUUAUAGAAUUUUCUUUUUACUUU